UGCUAUCUAGAGCAUGUAAGCAAAGGAUCAGAGCUCUGUUCUGUGAUAUCAUCAUCUUCUGGGAAAGCACAGGUUGUUCAGUCGGUAAAUGCAAGUUACCCUGUGGACCCCUAGCCUGAACCAACCUUGCCACAAGUUUCUUCACAAUUUCAUGAGACAUUAAGAUUGAACUCUGAACCCAAGGAACAGAAUAUUCUGAACAUGAAUAAUCAUGUGUUGGAGGACCAAAUUCCAACAACAGAGGAAACAAGUACUGCUGCUGCUGCCAGCCCGUCUCAUGAUACAGUCCAUUCUGUUGAUUUCUGUGAUACAACAGUAAAAAAUAGAACUGUUGCUUUUUUGCCUGAAAAUCUGGUGUCAACUGGGCAGUCUAAUUACUUGAUAUCAGCUAAGACUUCAGAGACAGCUCUGCUUGAUGAAAGGUCAUUGUUGGCAUGCAUUGUUCUCACGAUUCCAAAUGGUCACAGAAUUCGGACCAGUUCCACGCUACCGAAUAGGCUCGGGAAAAUGCUCGCACCUUUACACUGGCAUGAUUACAAAAAGCUGUAUGGAAAGCUGGAUGACUUCGUAGCCGCUCACCCUGAGUUGUUUUUGAUUGAGGGCGAUUAUAUUCAGCUUCGAGAGGGAGCACAAGAGAUAAUAGCAGCCACUGCUGCUGUUGCCAAAGUUGCUGCAGCAGCUGCAGCCUCAUCUCCUUACUCCCCAGUUUUGCCUUCUGUUGCUGUUACUCCAAUGGCACAGCCUAAUCGACUAAAGAAGGGUCUCCUAUCAGCUGAUUCCAACCAUGCCAAGAAUGAGAAUGCUGCUUUCAAGGGGUAUGCAGUCAUCUCCAAAAAUUCAGCUGAUGAUCAUUCACAGCUAUUAGGGACGAAGAAUCAACAUCCAAAUGGAAUCUCUUCUGGUGUGGCUGGAAAUCUUUCAGAUGUAAAAAUAUUGAGAAAACCUAAUGGGGCAAAUUUUGAGAGAUCGAGUGCGACUAAUGUUGAAAGCAAGGCCUCUGGUCUUGGAAGGUCUAAUUCUAAUUUUUCGGGAAAACAACGGGGCAGGGCAACUGGGGCAGCAUUGUCUUCUAGUAGAUAGAUUACCGAUUUGCAAUGCCAAGUUGUGGGAUACUGCAAGCAUAUUGGGACAUGAUAUGUAGUUGAAUGUAUGUUUUUGGUAUUGGUGAUCAGCCAAAUCUUUUGCAUCCGAGAAAAAUGUGGGAUUGGAUCAAGAGGAGCCUAUUUAAAUUGUUUUGCGCCGUCUGAUUAGAAAAACACUGCAUUUUGUUG